GCGUGUCGCAAGGCGAUUCGAAAAAGACUCAGCACGUGCCGAUCCAGCAAUCCUUGCCGGCUCUUCAAAAGCCCUUAUAGUAGUAAGAGGCGAUCUGCGCUACACGAGUCUUACAUACAGAUUUCUCGAUACCCUAUCCAACGCGUGUGUGUGGCCAAGAAAUAUCGCCAAGGCCGUGGGGAGCAACGCACUCCCGGGAGUUGCCUUGGCGUCUAGAACCCGAUCUGUUAACCCCUGCCUAAUGGCUAUGGUGGGAUCACUAACAGGCAGGCGAUGGCCUAUUUGGGUAACACAGCAUGCUGCUUUGGGGUCGCGGAAGUUCUCGACCCGCCAUCCUCUUCGGGAUUUGCUGGCUUAGGGCAGGGGUAAGAGAGAUUGGGGGUCUUGCUGAAAAGACGAGAAUGCGAAUAAAAACACCAUCUUGUCCUAUAGUCGUGUUACUACGGUUGCUCGGAUGUUCGACUCUUUUAUCGAACGUAUAUCCGACAUUCCGAGGCCGAAUAUUGUGUCACUAUGGAGGAAAAGGAUAUCAAUGGUAGCGGCGUCUUGGUGUCUCAUGAGCAAGUUAAUGUGAAUGAGGGUACAAGCGAGUCGGCGGGCAAGUCCGUUGCGAAAGCUAAGGCAGUCCAUAAUGCCGAACUCUUCGCGGCUAUUCAGGAGACCAAGAUCGACUACAAGAGCAGAAGCUCAUUACAUCUCUACUUCGCCAUAUGUGUCGCAUUCUGCUGUGCCUGUGCCAAUGGAUACGAUGGGUCCCUCCUUACGGGUGUCGUCGCUAUGGAUCAUUUCCAAAACACCUUCCAUAGCGGCAAGACCGGCACACUCGUUGCUCUGAUGUUCUCCCUUUACACUGUUGGUGCGAUGGUUGGCAGUCCUUUCGCUGCUAUUCUCUCCGAUAGAUAUGGCCGAAGAGCUGGCAUGUUUGUUGGCGCUAUUGUUAUUAUUAUCGGAAUGAUAAUCGCAUCGACAGCAUUCACAAUUGCGCAAUUCGUUGUUGGUCGUUUCGUUCUCGGACUUGGUAUCUCGAUCAUGACCGUUGCUGCACCGGCCUAUGCGGUUGAGAUUUCUCCUCCGCAUUGGCGAGGCCGAGCUACAGGAUUCUACAAUUGCGGUUGGUUUGGAGGUUCCAUCCCGGCAGCUGCUGUGGUUUAUGGCUGCAAUAAAAUCGACAACGACUAUUCCUGGAGAAUCCCCUUAAUCGUGCAAGCUCUUGCUUGUAUCUUCGUACUAUUUGCAGUCUGGUUUAUACCCGAGUCUCCUCGAUUCCUUAUGGCUAAUGGUCGCGAGGAGGAAGCUGUUGCAUUCCUCGCAAAAUACCACGGGAACGGCGACCGCAACUCUAGGCUUGUGAAGCUCGAGGUUGACGAGAUGAAGGAAAACAUUCGCCAGGACGGCAUUGAUAAACGGCCGUGGGAUUACCGACCCUUCAUUCUUUCCCAUAGCGGUCGUUGGCGAAUCGCCCAAGUUCUAAUGAUUUCCAUCUUCGGUCAAUUCUCCGGGAACGGAUUGGGAUAUUUCAACACUACGAUCUUUGAAAUUAUUGGUGUUUCAUCGGUUGAGCAACAGCUAGCAUAUAACUUACUCAAUUCCGUUCUUUCGGCUGUUGGCGCAUUAUCUGCUGUAGCUUUCACCGACACGAUGCCUCGACGAAAAGUAUUGGUCUUUGGAACACUCGCUUGCGCUGCGGCAUUGGCCACUAAUUCUGGCCUUUCCGCUGCCCUCGACGCUCAAGGAGAGAAUAUCCAGGAGUCCUAUGCUAAGGGUGCUUUGGCAUCUUACUUCCUGUUCAACAUCAUCUUCUCCUUUACCUAUACCCCUCUUCAAGGUGUUAUCCCCACUGAAGCCCUCGAAACGACUACCCGGGCGAAGGGUCUUGCUUUUUCAAGCGUUAUCAUAUAUGCAGUGGGUUUCAUCAACCAAUUUGCCGGACCAAUCGCCCUAGGUAAUAUCGAGUACAAAUAUAUCUAUGUAUUUGUUGGAUGGGAUAUCGUCGAAGCGAUACUGUGGUACCUCUUUGGUGUUGAGUCCCAAGGCCGCACCCUAGAGCAGCUCGAAUGGGUUUAUAACCAACCCAACCCCGUCAAGGCGUCCCUUACGGUUGACAAGGUUGUCGUUAAGGAGGAUGGCAAGGUCGAAGUGAAAACCGAGGCGGGCGGCGCGUGAACGUACCGUACUUUUCUUAAGUUAAUCAUUCAUUUCUCGGAUUCUGGGAGGGUCCUCUAUCUUUCACAGCAUAGUCGCAUUUCCGGUGUAGCAAUCAAGGAAACGGCCGAAUCGGGUUUUUCUUGUGGGUAUAAGGCAGGUUCAUAGAGGUGCAAUAUACGGAACUUUGAGCAAAGAUACCAUUCCCGAGUUUCUGGGUUGCUGUUGAAACCGAAUCCCGAACAUGCCCGUAUUAAAUGUUAAGACACGUUUUUCUAGUGGGUUAACGCAACACGCAGAGCCAGUUUAAGGCACCUAUGGCCUAAUAUUUUAGGGGUUAAAGUACCCGAUUCGGUCGCUGUGUGGGGUAAGAUAUAGCUGUUAAAACUCGUACCACAGUGGGUUGACACCUCUAUAAUUCAAGGCAUUAAUCACCUAUGAGUUUAUUUCCGGCUGACCAAUUCUAAAUAGGGAUAAUUAUAGCGCGUUUCUCUUUAACAAAUCGGGAUCUGUUAGUUCUGUUGGCGGGUAAACAAUUCAUUGGAAAUGAUUCGUGGGCAUGUGAGUUGCGGCGUAGCACGAACCACCCAACAGCGGCGGUGCCGAAAUGAGGCCCGUCCUUUUUUACUGA